UUCUUUAAUUCUUGCUAAAAAUUCGUUCAAACAACCACAAAAUUGCAUUAAUUAUUCUGUGUUUUAUUUUGAAAUUAAAUGCAAAAUUGAAGGAAAAUUUAAUGAUAAGGGAAUGUAUAUUGGCCUUAAAAAUUGUGCUAAUAAUAAAUAUGUUAGAUUUAGUGCAAAUAUUGCUUCAAUUAUGAAUGAAAUAGAUGAAUGUUUUUAUCUUUCAAAAUUUAUUUGGAAUGAUAACGAUGUUUUUGGUUGCGGAUUAGUUUAUCCACCUCAAAAUUUUCCUUACAUUUUAUUCACUCAGAACGGAAAACAAAUUGGUCAAAAUUAA